AUGUCUGCUGAAGAUGAUCAGUCAUCAAGAGGAACAUCACCCCUUCGCUCUGCCACAACGUCCCAGAAUUCCACACAGACCAUAUCUUCGGAGGAGGAGAUCGAGGAAGAAGAGUGUUCAGAGAAAGACUAUCUAUUUCCUGAAGAGGAAGAGUAUCUGGAAGAGGAGGAAUAUCUGGAGGAAGACGACUACCUGGAGGAGGAAAAGUUGCUGGAGGGGAAGGCGCACCUGUAUGGAGAGGGGUAUGCGAAGGCGGGAGAGCAUCUACAGGAGGAAAAGGACCUGGAAGAAGAGUAUCUGUUGGGAAAGUAUCUGGAAGACGGUGAGUAUCUGGACGAGGGAGAGUAUCUGAAGGGAAAAGAGGAACCCGCUCAGGGGACCACCUCCUACGCCGCCCCUCCUUUCAUCUCUGAAUUGUCCCACGAGUCUCCAUACCAUGAUGCGAUGCCUUCCACAUCCUCCGUGCAGCAAGAUGGAGAACUUCUGGCCUGGCAUGACGAGAGCACGCAGACAGAAUGGAUCUAUGAGAUCAUUGUUGUCACCAUCCCCCUCACCACCACCAUCAUCACCACCAUCAUCAUCAUUAUCAUGCAGGUUCUCAACGGCUCCUAUCAGGUAGUGUUUAGGACCGUGCUCAAAGAAAUGGCUGCUCGCCAAGAACUGGAAGAGGAUAUUGACAUCCCCCUGACUGGGAUUCUGGAGAGUGAAACCAGGAGGAAACUGGGAAUUCUGUUGAAGAAAAAUUUUGGAAAAUACAAGCAAACAAUCCUCUGGAUUAUGAAGAAACGUGAAAAAUGGAACCCUACUUGGAAAAUCGGUCUUUAUGGAGGUAGUGAAGACGAGGUCAUGCUGAAGCGGGCCCCUAAUCCAGGACGUCUGCCGUUCUUUCAAGAAGAUGGCCGCGUGAAGACACAGACACAUGGCGGACACUGUGGGACGCUGGAGGUGCCUCAAGGUGAUGGAAAAUUAAUUCUCUAUCCCAGUGGGACUGUCUUCCAAAUUCUCUUUCCUGAUGAAUCGGGCCAAAUACACUAUCCAUCAGGAAAGCUGGCUAUGCUCAUCCUCAGUACAAAACAGAGAAAGUUCAUAUAUAUCAUUCUAGAAGACAGUGAAGAAGGUUGUGUCCGGGCCCUUAUCAACAACUCUGGCCAUGCCACCUUCUACGAUGAAAACAAAGCAAUCUGGUUGAGCCUGAGCCAAAACCUGGGCUACUACUUCCCCAAAGGCAAAUACCAGAAGGCCUGGAACUGGUGGAAUCUGAACCUGCACGUCCACGCGCCGCCCGUCCAGUCCAUCUCCUUGAAAAUCAACCAGUACAUCAGAGUACAAAUAAGGAGCCAGGACAAGAUCACCUUCUGCUUCAACCACCAACAGAAGCACAUCCGCUUAAACCUGGGCACCAAGUACAAGUCCAUAACCCCGGAGGUGCUGAGUGAAAUGAGGCAGAAAGCAAUCCUGGAGGUAGAAUGUGGUUCAGCGGCCCGGAAGAUGCAGAUCCUCCUGGGAAAAAUGAGUAGGAUCCUGAAUUUCCUGACCAUCCCUGAUUUGGAAAACUUCAUAGCGGCUGCCAGUUCCUUGGCAGUAGGCAACAUGAAACGGAAGGAGAAAUCCCCGGCUUCCCUGCUGAUCUCACCCCGCCUGCCACCAACCUUCACCGAAGUCCUCAUCACCCCGAACCAUGACAACUGGAAGAGAGGGCUGGCAAGGAGCCCAGCAGCGAACCAAGAACCUGGAGGGGCCCCCACCAGCACCAAGGGGGAGGCCGGCCGCCCCCGUUGGCUGGUGGGGAAUUUCACCGCAGUGCUGCACGCUUCCUACUUGGAGACCAAGAAAGCUCAAGAAAUCUCCCUAGAGAGCGAGCGCCGCCAGCCUCCCAAGCACUGCCACUGCCUCAGCUGCGUGUAG